AUGGCGACGAAGAGGAAGAACCCCAGUGGGCUGAUACUGCUCCAGUUUCACCGCCCUACGUUCAACUUGAACAAGACCUCGAUCCCACAAUUGACGCCUGAGUCGAGGAGGUGCAUACAGACACUCGCCGCGUACCGACGGCCGAAGUCGCGGCUGCGGUAUCCCAAGUCGAGGAGCGCAGCGGUGCUCGUUGCACUCUUUGUCGGAAGAAAUGGGGACUUGUAUGUUCUCUUGAGCAAACGGGCAGCUCAUCUCCGCACAUACGCCGGCGAUACUGCACUUCCCGGUGGCAAGUGGGAGCCGCGGGACAAGAGCAUCGAGUGGACUGCGAGAAGAGAGGCUUUUGAAGAGAUCGGGUUACCACUAGACUACCAGAAAGUACCCACGUUGUGCAUACUCCCUCCACACCUGGCAGGCAACAAGUUGAUCGUAACACCCGUGGUCGUGCUCGUGUUAGACAACACAUUACGGCCGAUCCUGAACCAGGCCGAGGUUGCGUCACUGUUCUCCCACCCGCUCAAGUCGUUUCUGCACUCGGAGCCGCCGUUCCCGGCAGAACAGGAGUCGCUCGAGGUCCAGUACCACAGCUACUCGGACUUCCCGUCCGUCGCAGGCCACACGCGCAUCCACACCUUCCUCACCGGCCGCGAGGCGGGCGGGACGAAGCCCGUGUUUGGGCUCACAGCCUCGAUCUUGAUCGAGGUCGCGCAGGCGGGCUACGGGCGCGCGCCGGACUUCGAGGCGUACGCGCCGGACCAGCCUGCCAUGGAGGCGCGCAUUGGGCACGCGCUCCGGCACGACCCCGUGUUCCGCGCCGCGGAGCUCGCGGAGGGGAUCGAUCCUGACAAGACGCCAGCGCCCGCGGUGGGCCCGCGACGGAGGGCGAGGCGGGCGGUAGGGGCGAACGCGACGGCGCAGAAGGAGGUGGAGAGACGCGAUGGGCCGACGACAGCAGGCACGGGCUGGGGUGGCAGGCUGCGCGCGAAGCUGUGA